AUCAUGUGCUCCAGCAGCAAUAUGGCGGGAGUGAAACGCCUUGACAUGCAGAAAUAUCGCAUAAAUUCACACUGGAUAUACCCUCUAUUACUGAUCCAGAUGUAUGGUGUUUUCGCACAGACUGACGGUAAUAAUGUGGUAACGGUGGCCGAUGCGAACUGGACGCUCAUUCUACAGGGCGAGUGGAUGAUCAAAUUUUAUGCUCCAUGGUGUCCGGCGUGUCAACAUUUACAGGCAGACUGGGAGAAUCUAGGCAGACAAAGUGAAAGUCUGGGCAUAUCAGUGGGCAGGGUCGAUGUAACGCAACAACCAGGUUUGAGUGGGAGGUUUCUGGUUACAAUACUGCCCACUAUUUUUCAUGCUAAAGACGGAAAUUUCCGGAAAUAUGUAUCAGCACGGACUAUUGAAGACAUUCAAGCAUAUGUUGUGGAGAGGAAGUGGGCGGCAGUUGAACCUGUACCAGGAUGGAAAUCACCGUCCUCUCUGCUGAUGUCAGGAAUGGCUACUCUGUUUCGGCUGUCUGUGUGGAUCAGACAAAUCCACACUUACCUGACUAAUACACUGGGCAUUCCCUCAUGGGGCUCUUACGUGAUAUUUGCCAUCAUUACACUCUUUAUGGGACUAGUGCUCGGCCUGAUGCUGGUGUUGAUUGCUGACUGCAUUUGGCCAUCCAGACCAAAGCGCAAAGAAAACAUAACAGUUUUGACUGUAAAAGAGGACGUCUCAGAGGAAGAGGUGGAAGACUUAUCCACAGAGGACAAACGCACAUCUGACCUGGACAACGAGAGUGAGAGAGUGUCGGAAGAGGAGUCGACAGAAGAGGAUGCUCCAAUCACAAACACCGCCGCCAGUUGCAGUGACCCGCGGCCACCAGAGGGGGUAGCAGAGAGCUCAGUGAGAAAACGCAAACCGCAGGGGCCGAACACUUCAGAGGGCACUUAAUGCAUGAUUGCUUUUAGUGCUGUUGCCACCAAAAAGAAGAAAAUGCCAUAUCUGUAGGAUAUGCAAAAGCAACGCCAGCUAGCAACAGAUUUCUGUAACGUACUGUACGUGCAGAACACAGUUUGCUCAUUUGAUGCUUCUAGCUGCGGUUAAAUUGAUUUAUGAAAACGAGUUGCUUACAUUUAUUGCUAAAGGUCUGAUGCCAAACAUUUACAGACCUACUCUUAAUGUUUUAUGGUUUUAUAUUUAGUUUAAACACCAAAAGUUAUACGUAUGAGCAUAAACACGAUUUGAAUGCUGAUGUCAUGUUGAAAACAUGUUUACAAUGUAUUUGGGUGACUUCCAUCUGUAAAGAACAUGUCAGGGUCACAUUUCACAGCAAAAAAUAAAAACAAAAAUAAGAUUUUGCAUUAAAACAGUGAAGCAAAUUGUUCAGCAUUGUGUCAUUAUUUUAAUGAAAAUUAAGCACAUUUACCUGGUAAAACAUGUAAAUUUUUUAUCAUAUUUAAUUGUAUUUAUUUUAUAAUUGUGAAGUAUUUGUACACGUAUGGUCUUUAAAUAAUGCUAAUUUUAAUUAAUGUAUUUCAGUAUUUUUAUAUAUAUACAUAUAUAUGUAUAUAAAAAGCCAACAUUUUUAAUAUACAAAAUGUACUGUAUUAUAGUAAUGAGAAUCAUGAUUAAAAAUAAUAAUUAUGAAAAACUCAAACAUUUUAUUAACUGGACACAUUACAGUAAAGAGCAAGAAUUUUGGGUGAAAAUGUGCUUAAUUAUCAUGAAAAUAAUUUCUUUUAAAACUUUUUGGCUAGAAAUAAGACCCGGACAAGUUUUUGACAAGUUUCGUCUGUUGUUUUACCCAAAUUCCUUCAUUGUUUUAUAUUUGUCAUAAUGAAUGCUUCCAUGUUUAUCCAUGUUUUACCUCUGUGCCACUAAUAAAGUCCUGCAUUUGCAAUCCUGACUGUUUUCAGAAGAAAAAGUUCUAAGCGCAGUAUGAAGAAUUUCUUGCACUAUUGCAGCCUUCAAAACUUAAUGCAUAUAGUGUGAAAAGCACAAACUGUCUAUAAUUAUCAUUACAUAAAUACAACAUAUUACCUGAAGGAUGCUUUGCAUACAAGGUCUCAGGUCUAAGUAUUUCUCAGUUGCAUAAAGACAUUCUUUUGUACAGUGUAGAUUUGUAAUUCCCCGUCAUUGCAAAUGGAAUUUAUUCAUUUGCACUUCAGAACUUUUACAAUGUGUUUGGUAUUGAAAUUGAUGCAGUCUUUAAAUUAAUUGAUGGUCUGUUGCCUUUAAUUUUUAUACUAUUGACAGACUGUUUAAAUUUGUGUAGCAUAUAAAUGUUUACCUGGUGAAUUAAGUCAGUUUUGUAAGUAGUAACACACAAAGAAACAUGCCAGCACGUUAGUUAGAUGUUCCUGUGUUUGUCAUUUAUCAUAUGCUGUAAAAAACAUCUAUCGCCAAUUUCAUUGUGUUGUGCAAGGUGUUUAUAGCUGCUGGAGUUCAUUAAACAGUUUUACUUCAAACAAA